AUGACACGCACAUCCAUCCAAGUCCCCGACCACCUAUGGCUCCGACGGCUCUACGAGCACUGGCGGCAGAGUGCCAAUCGAACUUUCAUCAAGGAUCUUGAGACGGGAAAAGAGGCGACGUUCACCGAGUUUCUAUAUGAGGUGCUCUCACACCGAGACCGGCUGAAGAGGCAGCUGAGCGCGGAGACCCUGGAAAAGCUGCAGGAUCCCAGCGAAGAGAUCUUCAUUGCGACUGUUUCAGGGGCGGGGUUUGACUUCAUGGUGCUUUUACUUGCGAUACAAAGUCUCGGCGCAAUUGUGGUUCCGUUGAAUUCCCAAGUCCACCUCGAAGAGGCCCACUACUUCCUAGGAACCUGCAACGCCUCGCUGAUUACCAGCAGCCAGCUGGCGUCCCAAUACGCCGAGACAAUAUCAUCAUCACUUUCACUCCCCCACCUUUCUUUUGCUCCAUCCAACCCUCCCGACCUUUCAAACAUCGAGUUUGAACUUGUCCAAGAAUCCCACGACGACCCAACCUUCAGCCCAGACCGCGGCUUCUGCCUCCUCUACACCUCUGGCACAACUGGCCCAUCCAAGGGUGUUCUAACCAGCUGCCGCAGCGUCCUAAAGGGCAUGGAAAACUACCAGCGCGGCCUUGCUCUAUCCCCUUCAGACAAAUGGCUCCACCACGCGCCGGCGCACUGGAAAGGCGGGUUCGAUUUCCAGCUGGUAGCCGCAUACACUGGGGCAAGUAUCGAGAUCUGCAACAGCGUAUUCAGCCCCGGUUGGUUCUGGGAGCGGAUGCAGAACGGUGGGGGUAUAACGUGUUUCCAGGCGUCCCCGACGCUUCUUACGUUGAUACAGGAGAGGUUUGAUUGUAUUAAGGGGCAGGGGGCCCGCCAGGAAGCUUUGAAGGGCCUGCGCGAUAUUAGAAUUAUAUUGACGGGCUCAAUGAGAGUGCAGGAUUGCGUGAAGGAUUCCUGGAGGGAGCUCUUGGGCGGGAAAGAGUUGGUUAAUCUAUAUGGGAUGACGGAGGUGGCGGGGAUGGUUUCGAUGACGGACUGGACGGCGAACAGGCCUGUGGAUCACUGUGGUUGGCAUAACCCCGAACUGACCGUCAAGGCCAACGAGAGCGGCGAGAUAUGCGUCAAGGGACCGCUUGUGAUGAAACGCUACCUAUCGGGCGAUCCAACCGUCAAUUCCAACGCACUCGAUGCGGACGGGUUCUAUAAAACAGGCGACAUGGGCAAGGUUGGGCCAGGCGGGAAGAUAUACGUACUCGGCCGCGCAAGUCAAGAUGUCAUUCGCUCAAUGGGCUACAAAUGCACCGCAGCCGACAUAGAAGACCCCCUGCGCUCAUAUCCCGGCGUCUCACAAGCAUUCGUGCUAGGCGUCGACGAUCUAGUAAUGGGCCAACGCGUCACAGCCCUACUCCUACGAAAGACAACGCCCGAGGCAGAAUUCUGCCUCGGGGACCUCAAGCUCGCGAACCUCCGUUGGUGGCUAGCUGUUGAGAAGGGCCUUCCUGCAUUUAAACUGCCCACGCUGCUACGGAUUAUACGCUCCGACACGUUCACCGCGACGACGGAUACCGGGAAGCCGUCGAAGAAGAAGAUUGCGAGCGCUUGCUUUAAGCCUGAGGAUUGGGAUAGCAAGGACGUUCAGGUUUGGGAUAUUGCAACCAAGGAGAAGUUUCCUGGGAAUCGGGCGUGGGAUUGGGAGGGGAGGUCGGCUAAAUAA